UCUACUUUCUCUGUCCCUUUUCUCUCUGUUUCUCGUCAUGUCCCUUGUGCCGUUUAUUUUCUUCUUCCUUCUCUUUCCCUACUCAGGAGCCGAAAAUACUUCAGUCGUGAACAGUGAUGAAAAUAUAUAUGAAUUCUGUCCACCAACAAAAUGCAGCAAAAACGGCCCAAAAAUCAGAUUUCCCUUUAGGCUGAAAUCUCAAUCAAUCUCUUGUGGCCUUGAAGGGUUUGAAGUGUCUUGCUCAAAUGACAAGACUAUGUUGCAUCUUCCUUUUUCCAGCGGUUACUAUGUGGAACACAUUUCUUACCUGGACAGAAGUAUUACCAUUAUGGAUAUGCAUGAUACCACAUGUCGAAUACAAAGUCUUCUCUCUCUUAACCUCACAAACUCUAGAUUCUCCCUCUUGGGCGAUCUUUACGGUAAUACAACUUCGACGUACGGUUUGUGGAACUGCACUAUGAGGAUUAUAUGGACAUCUACAUUUGGUUUUGAGGAAAUAGGUUUUGGGAAAAUAGGACCGUUUGAUUGCAUGAGCAGUGACCGAAAUUUUGUUUACGCAAUUCUUGACUGGGACAUCUCAGAGAUGCCUCCAUCUUGUAGAAGGUAUAGAACAGUUAACAUUUCCAUUUAUGAUUGGUAUCAAAAGAGUCAAACUAAAAAGAUAGUCGUCGAAUGGAAAGCCCUUGAUGGAUGCUACGGCUGCGAAAAAUUAGGAAACUAUUGUGGCUUCAACACUACAAGCAAUUCAACAAUCUGCUUCAUAAACCAACAUCAUGGUCGUGUAGUCAAAAUUGCAUUGUCUACGGCCACAAGUAUUGGAGGCAUCAUCUUCUUUGCUCUAGUAAUACUUCUCGUGUACAAAUCCAGAAAAUCUGAAAAUGAAAAAGAAAUUCAACUGAAAGUAGAGAAGUUCCUCGAAGACUAUAGGAGCCUCAAUCCGACUAGAUAUACUUAUAGUGACCUUAAGAAAAUUACUGGUAAAUUUAGGCACAGACUUGGUCAAGGAGGUUAUGGAAGUGUCUUCAGAGGAAAACUCUCCAACGGAAUUCCGGUUGCUGUUAAGAUGUUGGAACAUUUAAAAGGAAAUGGUGAAGAAUUUAUUAAUGAAGUGGCAACUAUAGGUAGGAUUCACCAUUUUAACAUUGUUCGUCUAUUGGGAUUUUAUUCAGAAGGAACGCGGCGUGCUCUUAUCUAUGAGUUCAUGCCUAAUGGAUCACUUGAGAAGUUUAUAUUCUCAGAUAUAAACAAGUCAAUUCAGCGUCCAUUGAGUUGGGAAAAGUUGCAAGGCAUUGCCAUUGGUAUUGCACGAGGAAUAGAGUACUUGCACCAAGGAUGCAACCAAAGGAUCCUUCACUUUGACAUCAAGCCUCACAAUAUAUUACUUGACCAUAAUUUUCAGCCAAAGAUUUCAGAUUUUGGGCUGGCAAAAUUAUGCUCAAAAGAACAAAGUGUUGUAUCAAUGACAGCUGCUCGAGGAACUAUAGGCUACAUAGCUCCAGAACUUUUCUGCAGACACUUUGGAGAGGUUUCUUACAAGUCUGAUGUUUUCAGUUAUGGAAUGAUGCUACUAGAGAUGGUUGGAUGCCAAAAGAAUAUUGAUCUUACAAUUGAUAUUGAAAGCCAAAUUUACUUUCCUGAAUGGAUAUACAACAAAAUGAGCCAAGGAAAAGAGCUUAAUUUAGAAAUUGAGGUCGAUGGAGAUGAGGAGAUUGCCAAGAAGCUUGCAAUUGUGGGACUCUGGUGUAUUCAGUGGAAUCCAACAAAGAGGCCUUCCAUGCCAAUGGUGUUACAAAUGCUUGAAGGGGACUUGCAAAGCUUGGAGAUUCCUCCAAAGCCCUUCGCUUCUUCAGACGAUGAAAUGGAUGCAAAUUAA